GACAGAGAGUCAGAGUAGACAGUAGAACCCACGCGAAUUAGUGAAGAAUUGCACAAUCGGUUGGAUAAUUUGUAAAAUUCUAAAGCUGAUUUGAUAAUUUGAAGCUCUCUAAUACCUUCAGCCUUCACAUUUGAGAUCGAAUCGAGUCGACUGGCAUCGUACUUUUGCUUCAUUACAAUGGGUAGCGAUAGAAAAUCUACGGAGAAAAGUAAGAAAAGGAGUGUUGGUUCUCAGUCUGAAGAUGAAAUUCAUGCCAAAAGGCACAAAACUCAUGAUGAUUAUGGAGAAGGUAGCAGGAAAAGAGACAAGAAAGAUAAAUCUCAUCAUAGCAAGCAUUCCAAACGCCAUUCUGGGAAAGAAAAGAAGCCUGAAAAGAAGCACAAAACUGAUGUUUCCAAAUCUAGCCGAAAUUCAAAAUCUGAUAUCAAAGAGAUAUCUAACGAUGAUUACUUUGCCAAGAACAAUGAAUUUGCAACAUGGCUGAAGGAAGAUAAAGGAAAAUUCUUUUCGGAUCUCUCCUCUGAUUCUGCGCGGAAACUGUUCUCUGAUUUUGUGGAAGUAUGGAACUCUAAAAAGCUAGAACCCAAGUACUACGAGGGUAUAGAUACGGGGCCUCGGUCAUCUCACAAGUGGAAAAUCAAGAGUUAGUUGAGAUUCGCAACAUUAUGCACCGUGUAGGUCAACAUCUAGUCCUUUGAAGCCCAUUUCUCGACGUGUGUUUUCUAUCGUAGUAACUCGGAAGCAAAUUAUAUGUUUUAUUUGUAGGUGCAGGUAAGGGUGCUGGUGAGUGGUGAAUAGAUGGAACAAAGUUGAUGGUAAUUGUAACAAACCUCUCUAGACCUUUUCUUUUUGUAGUUUGAAUUAUAAACACUAGCAUAGAAAAAAAUUGAUGUCCCUGCGAUUGUAGAGUGAUGUCGCCGAUGCAUCUCGCACGGUGUUACGACUUAUUAAGGGGUUUUGCAUAA